GUGACAGUUUCAGAUAAAAAGCAGCAUGCUGUAGAGAUUGUGUGGUAGCGUUUUGUAAGACUUAGAGGAUUAAUUAAGAAAGAAGAAGAUUCAGAAGACCUUCUUGUGACUGAAUCUAAAUUGCUUGUCAAGAACAAAGGCUUUUCGUCUGCUUUUCGUCGGGAAGAAGCUAAUCUUUCAGACGCAGUCAUGAACGCUGCCAAAGUCAUGCCGGUGGACCUGGCCAUGCAUAUGAACCUGAAUCGCAAUCAACUUUUGGGAUUGUCCAGGCUUAGAUCCCACCAUGCUGUUUCUAGGCCUAGCAUGUGUGAUUCUCAGCGACCCCAAGCUCCUAGAUCCCCACAGAUUCCUGCCUCUCCAGUUAGUGUCCUAAACUCUAUGAGCCCUUGUGGGAUACUGAAGAAGAAAAAACGAGUGGUAUUCGCAGACGCUAAAGGACUGGCCCUUACUGCGGUGCGGAUCUUCAAGUCGGAUCCCCCAAUCUCUGACAUGGAUGAGCUUUCUCUACCUGUCAAAAUGCAAACUGAAUCUGUCCAAAGAAAGCAGCCGUGUCUCCGCUUGGGGUUCCCUCAGCCUUCUGCUGAUUUACCAUCAUACUUUGAAGGUCUGGCAAAAUCAUUGGUGCGUCUGGAGAGCUGCACCUUGACCUAUCGAUCGCUACUCGGAAAGGUGAGGGUCUGCAAUAUCAGUCCCAAGAAAGCCGUGCAUGUUCGCAUCACAUACAACUCAUGGAGGAGCCACCAGGACAUCCAAUGUACCCCAAUCCAUGAGAAGAACGAGAGCUCCGAAACAGAACUGUUCGUCUUCAACAUCCCUCUUCCUUUCUGUCCUAAUACUCAGGAUCGUUUGGAGUUCUGUGUGUCCUUCCGUCCUGGAUCUGGCAAUAUGAUUCUUUGGGACAGCAAUGGUGGACAAAACUAUCGAAUCCUUGUGGAGAAUGUGAACUCAGAAGAAGCAUACAUGGUUGAGAAAAUACCUUUGAGACCCCUUAACUUUCAAAAUCGCCAAUCAUUACCCCAUAGGAAAUGUCUAGCUUUGAAUAAGUCAGCAAAUCCUUGCUCACACAUUUCCUCUGAGAAAGGGGGAGGGAUUUUGUUUGACCAGUGAGCUCAUCUAAGCUAAUAGUCAGCGUGAAUUUAGGGAAAGUCAAAUCUAUCAGAAGAGAUAGAAGCAAGAGAGCAGAAAACUAUAACUAACAUCCGGUUCAAACUGGUAAAAUAAAAUAACCAGUCAGUGUUCGUACCUUCUAAUCAUCAUGUUUGAUGAAUUUUGCUUAAAUAGGCAUCAAGAGGGAGAUUGACAGCCAGACAGACACAAAAGAUGCUAGAUCUCUCCGCUCCAAUGGACUUAAAUGAGUCAGUGACUCAGAUUACCUGUAUAUCAGAUAAGGAUCUUAUUUGAUCAUAAGAAUCAGCACUUUAACAAGCUCAGCCUGUUUCAAGCUGUGAAGGUCUUUCACUUCCUGUGAAGUAGAUGCACUGAACAUGAUAUGCUGUGGAAAUGACUCAUGUAACAUAUACAGUAUGUAGCAUAAUGAAUGUUUGAACGUUUUAUAUGUACGUUUGUUGAUGUUUUUUUUUUGUUAAUUGUACAUAUUCAGAUUAAACAUAUUCUGAUACAAACAUGA